CGAGGGUGGUGGAUGUCGGAGGGUGCCCGUAGGAAGUUUAUCGGCGGCGAGUGGCGGUGGGUGGAAGUGGUGCCUUCGGAGGUGGGGUUGUAGGUGGACGGUGGAGGUGGAGGUGAAAGCAGGAGCAUACUCCGUACACCGAGGAUUUCCAGGUAGCAGACAGUCUACGGCCCGGGACAGAGGGACCAGGACCAGCCUCGGGAGGGAGAGCUCGUCGUGAACCCUCUUCCUAUCGAUACGUACGGCAGAUACGUAUUUCUGUGGUGUCGGUGGCCUUGAAAGUUCACAGCCACGUCGCUUUUUCGCGGGACGUUAACCGAGAGAGACCUGUUCGACGCGAUCGUCUUUUUGACAUCUAUGCGUACUCAGUGAUCGGAUAGAGACUCCGUUUGUGUGAUCGUUUCACGUUACUCGUGCAUCGACAAGCGAAGGAGGCCCACAAGCCAAUCGACAGAACCCGAAGAGGAACGAGAAGAGGAGAUGAACGCAGUCGUUCGGCCGGGGACUGCUCGGAGCACGUGCCUCGCACGCAGAAGGCGCUCCGAGCGGCAUCAAGUGCGCUAAUCGCAAACCGAUUUACGAUAUACAGAGUCCGACACGAGCAAUCGAACCCUGAGCACCCCACCCCCCCCACGAAUCGUCGAAAGAUUCGUCGUACUGUCACGAGAUCUGGCCGACGUCUCACUUAUCCCAGUCGAUCACCAUCGAAUGAAUCGACGAGCAGGAAUGACAGGUCGUGCCGUUCACGCUUCGGGGACGAUCUCGAUGAUCGCUUUGCUGACGUUGAUGUUGAUGUUGCUGGGAAUCGACGGCAUGGGGCACGCCAGUGGACACAAUCUUGACCGUGCCGCGAACUUUCAUCAGGAUUUGAGUCCUGCCACAGGACCAAUAUUCGUCGCUCCUGUUGGAAAUCAGACGGCAGCGAUUGGUCGUGAAGUCGUUUUUUCCUGCAGCGUUCGCAACAUAGGGAAGUACAAGGUUGGCUGGCUACGUGCCUCGGACCAGACGAUCCUCUCGGUCCACACGAGGACGGUGACGCAUAAUGCACGUAUCGCGGUCUCGUACGAGACUGGCGGAAGUUCCGGGUCCGGUGCAGUAUCCGGUAACGCCUUUGGGGUGACAGGAAGCAGCCAAGCCACGGAGGAAGUCGUCAACGGCACGUGGCGGCUACACAUUCGUCAGUUAAAGGAGUCGGAUAGAGGUUGUUACAUGUGCCAAAUUAACACUAGUCCGAUGAUCUCCGAGCUGGGGUGCCUGGACAUUCUUGUGCCACCGGAUAUCGUUUACGGGGGUGACACCAGCGCCGACUUGGCAGUCUCCGAAGGCGACAACGCCACCCUAAGCUGCCGUGCGACGGGAAGACCAACCCCAAGAGUGUCCUGGCGAAGGGAAGAUGGAGAACCCAUUCUUAUAAGGGCCUCUUCUGCUGGUGGCAGCUCUUUCGAGAAGCACGAGUCCUACAACGGUUCCCUGCUGCAAUUCCAUCGCGUCGAGAGGCGACAAAUGGGGGCGUAUCUCUGCAUCGCCAGCAACGACGUGCCGCCCGCCGUUAGCAAGCGAGUGACACUCGCCGUGAAUUUUGCACCUGUCGUCAAAGCACCUAAUCAGCUGCUGGGCGCACCUUUGGGCACGCACGUGCAGUUGGAGUGCUACGUCGAGGCAUUCCCAAACACAAUUAAUUACUGGGUGAAGAACCGACGAGGGGCAGAAGAUGAAAUGCUGAUCGAGGGGCACAAGUACAAGGUACGAGAAGAACGUUCCGGAUACACAGUUCUCAUGUCGCUGUUAAUCAAAGAGUUCGCCGAGCAGGAUGUGGGCAAAUAUAAGUGUGUGUCGACGAACAGCCUUGGCAAGGGCGAUGCCAUCAUAAGGCUGUACGAGAUUAAAGUCGGCUUCGACAGGUCGUCGCGCGGAAAAGAUCACGUGUCCAUCAUCGGUGGUUUAGCCGAGGCCGCACAAAGUUCGGGCGCAAACAACGCCAGCAGAGGGUUCAUGGGAUGUAGCAACAAAUUAUCGCAUUUCGUGUCGAUGUUUCUCUUCAUACCGGUGUUACUCUGGCCGCGGUGAAGAAGGCAUCCGCUGUUGGUCACCGCCAAGCCGAGUGCCAGGAUAACUUUGUGCCAAAGGACAAGAAAAAUAAAGCAAGAACGGCUUUUUCGUAUGUAUGUAUGUAUGCGUGUGCAUGGGUGGAGGGAUAGAGAUUUCCUACGCGCGCGAACGCGCAAGCCCGAGUGUGUUCUGUCUGCAAAGAACAAGCGAAUCGUUGGUAACUGUUGCGCGCGUGAAUGUCGAACUGCGUACCAAAGAGAGAAACACAGAAAUUGUGAAAUAAAUCGGAGGCUCGCGUUCUCUACAUCUUCCUACUUCCCCUUUCCUACUCUGCCGAGUGUCGAAAAUGAUUUUUAGGUCAAUGAAUGUUGUCAAUGUACGCGCCCGUUUGGAUCCGUUUCGUUGAAUAUGGACGACGGGAUCCUGGUGAGCAGAGUGCGCGACGAAAGAAAGACAAGAAUCGGUUACGCGCGAAGCAGCUUUGGGCCCUCCUAACGAUGCUUAACAAGUCGUCAAUAAUUAAUAAGUUACGGUCGUUUUGUCAUUGGUAUAAGCGUUGCGGACUUUUAGAUGUCAGGGAACUCGACGUUUCCAAAUAAAAGUAUGAGAUCAAACGUUGUACACUA